AUGGACCUUCUCCCAGUAUUUAGAAAAAAACUCUCACACCAGUUCUCAGGUCGUACUAGAAACCAUGAAGAGACGGUGUAUUUGCAUUUAGGUACGGACAUCUCUGUGGGAGAAGAGGUGGCCAUCAAGUUGGAAUGUGUGAAGACGAAGCACCCCCAGCUCCACAUAGAGAGCAAGAUCUACAAGAUGAUGCAGGGCGGAGUGGGAAUCCCGACGAUAAAGUGGUGCGGCGCCGAAGGAGACUACAACGUGAUGGUGAUGGAGCUGCUGGGGCCCAGUCUGGAGGACCUCUUCAACUUCUGCUCCAGGAAGUUCAGCCUCAAGACGGUGCUGCUGCUGGCGGAUCAGAUGGUACCUCUGACUCUGGCUCUGACUCUGGCCCCUACUCCAACUCUGGCCCCUGCUCUGACCCUGGAACUUGCUCUGACUCCGGCACUUGCUCUGACUCCGGCACUUGCUCUGACUCCGGCCCCUGCUCUGACUCCGGCCCCUGCUCUGACUCCGGCCCCUGCUCUGACUCCGGCCCCUGCUCUGACUCCGGCCCCUGCUCUGACUCCGGCCCCUGCUCUGACUCCGGCCCCUGCUCUGACUCCGGCCCCUGCUCUGACUCCGGCCCCUGCUCUGACUCCGGCCCCUGCUCUGACUCUGGCCCCAGCUCUGGCUCUGACUCUGGCCCCAGCUCUGGCUCUGACUCUGGCCCCGACUCUGGCCCCAGCUCUGACUCUGACUCUGGCCCCUGCUCUGACUCUGGCCCCUGCUUUGACUCUGGCCCCAGCUCUGACUCUGGCCCCAGCUCUGACUCUGGCCCCUGCUCUGACUCUGGCCCCAGCUCUGACUCUGGCCCCUGCUUUCACUCUGGCCCCUGCUUUGACUCUGGCCCCUGCUCUGACUCUGGCCCCAGCUCUGACUCUGGCCCCAGCUCUGACUCUGGCCCCAGCUCUGACUCUGGCCCCAGCUCUGACUCUGACUCUGGCCCCUGCUCUGACUCUGGCCCCAGCUCUGACUCUGGCCCCUGCUCUGACUCUGGCCCCUGCUCUGACUCUGGCCCCAGCUCUGACUCUGGCCCCAGCUCUGACUCUGACUCUGGCCCCUGCUCUGACUCUGGCCCCUGCUUUGACUCUGGCCCCUGCUCUGACUCUGGCCCCUGCUCUGACUCUGGCCCCAGCUCUGACUCUGGCCCCUGCUCUGACUCUGGCCCCUGCUCUGACUCUGGCCCCAGCUCUGACUCUGGCCCCAGCUCUGACUCUGGCCCCAGCUCUGACUCUGGCCCCUGCUCUGACUCUGGCCCCAGCUCUGACUCUGGCCCAGGCUCUGACUCUGGCCCCAGCUCUGACUCUGACUCUGGCCCCUGCUCUGACUCUGGCCCCAGCUCUGACUCUGGCCCCAGCUCUGACUCUGGCCCCAGCUCUGACUCUGACUCUGGCCCCUGCUCUGACUCUGGCCCCUGUAUCUGCAGAUCAGCCGCAUCGAAAGGGGAACCUGGUCUACAUCAUCGACUUCGGUCUGGCCAAGAAGUACAGAGACGCCCGCACACACCAGCACAUCCCCUACCGCGAGAACAAGAACCUCACCGGGACCGCACGCUACGCCUCCAUCAACACACAUCUGGGCAUCGAGCAGUCGCGGCGAGACGACCUGGAGUCUCUGGGCUACGUCCUCAUGUACUUUAACCUGGGCUCUCUGCCGUGGCAGGGCCUGAAGGCCGCCACCAAGAGGCAGAAGUACGAACGCAUCAGCGAGAAGAAGAUGUCCACGCCCAUCGAGGUGCUGUGUAAAGGCUACCCCUCUGAGUUUGCUACGUACCUGAACUUCUGCCGCUCUCUUCGUUUCGAUGAUAAACCCGACUACUCGUACUUGCGCCAGCUCUUCAGGAACCUCUUCCACCGACAGGGAUUCUCCUACGACUACGUCUUCGACUGGAACAUGCUCAAAUUUGGUGCUAACAGAGCUGUGGAGGACGCAGAGCGCGAGCGCCGGGAGAGGGAGGAGCGUCUUAGGCACGGCAGGAACCCCGCGGCCAGGGGUAUGGCCUCAGCCUCAGGGAGAGCCAGAGGAGCUCCGGACGUGGCUGCUCCAUCCCCCCUCAACCCCUCCUCUCACACAGGGAUGGAGAAAGAGCGCAAAGUGAGCAUGCGCCUGCACAGAGGAGCUCCAGUGAACAUCUCCUCCUCAGACCUGACCGGACGCCAGGAUACGUCACGCAUGUCCACCUCACAGGCUCUGUCGCGGGUCACGCCCAGCGGCCUCCAGUCUGCGGCCCCUCGGUGA